AUGGCUCUGAAAGUAGUUGGUAGGCUCUCAUUGUCAUUGGCGAGCUUUUUAUCAAUUAAAGCUGAUAAAAGGCCUAAAGCCAAAUGCAUUUUUUGUAAUCCCGAUGAGUCUAUGUCAGACUCUGUCGCAGUAAUGGGUUGGGAACGCGUUGGUUAUAGUAUGAAGUCUAUAACUUUAUGGGAUUUGGAGAGUAUAUAUGCGUCGAAUAUACAACUUAUUCAAAGAAUAUUUAGAAGGCUUUAUGAGAGAGACAACGCAAUUGUAUGUGAAGUUACAAAAGGUUGUUCAACUUGGGUGUUUGAACCCAUUCACGAUUAUCAUGUGAUCACGAUCGUGUUAAGGUUCUUAACGACUACUUUAAUGAGAUAUAAGUAUAAUUGUGGAUUCAGUAUUCUAACUGAAUGUAAAAGAUGA